AUAGCUGCUCUGUUUUGAGUGGUCUUCGGGAGGCUAUAGGGGCAGCACUUGAUUUGGGUAGCGCCGUGAGUGUGUUGAAGAAAAGCUGCAGUUUUAGAUUGGGGCGGGCUAUCUGGGACAGUCAGUCUGCAGAAAAGCAUCACAGAAGGCAGGAGUUCUCUGCUGGGCGAACACGAACUGUAGUUGUUCUUCUUACGGAUGCUUAUGUGGAUGCGUGUGCAACAGAUCUGUCUACGCGAGCAAUACUUUUCAUAGAGAAGUUAAAAUGUUUUUACAUCAAUAACACUUCAACGACCAAGCCUACGACCAAGUGUUUCAUCUAUAGGCUUCAUUCUGUAAAUCAGGGCGUUGUGCUACAGCAGAAGUUUAAUUCGACUGGAAAAAAGAAUCGUAUGGCAAAAUAUUAAGAUUUUUUUAGAGACCGAACUUUCAAAACCUGGUGGAAUUAAUAUGUUCGUGGCUUAAUACAGUUUUUCAAACCCCUUUUUUCCCCCGGGAGAUAUAAGCCUGUUGGAGAUGAUUUCCAAAAUGAAUUGCAGGAGGGGGAACGUAUGUUUUUGCUUCUUAUUUCUGAAACUACUUUUGGUGAUCACGUUAACUCAGCAUGUUUCAGGUAAGACGUUGAAGUAUAAAGUGUAUGAAGAACAGAAAGUAGGGACAGUAAUUGCAAGACUUAAAGAAGAUGUGUCUGAUGUGCUAUCGAAACUACCCAGUGACAUUUCUUUGCGGUUCCGAGCUAUGCAAAGGGGGAGCACGUCUCUGCUUUCUGUUCGUGAAGAAGACGGGGAAAUCAGCAUUGGGGCGAAAAUUGACCGGGAACAGCUGUGUGAAAAAAACCUAAAUUGUUCAAUUGAGUUUGAUGUUAUUACUCUACCGACGGAACACUUACAGUUAUUUCAUAUCGAAGUGGAUGUGCUGGACAUUAACGAUAACUCACCACAGUUCUCUCGGUCCAUUAUUGCCAUUGAUAUAUCAGAAAGUGCAGCCGUGGGAACAAGAAUCCCUUUGGACAGCGCUACAGAUCCAGAUGUUGCUGAAAACUCCCUUCACACUUACUCCUUGUCCCAGAAUAACUAUUUUACUAUUGAUGUGCGAACAAGGACUGAUGGGGCCAAAUACGCAGAGCUUGUUGUUGUUAGAGAAUUAGACAGGGAAGUACAAUCAAGCUAUGAACUUCAGCUAAUGGCUUCUGAUAAAGGGGUUCCUCCCAAAUCUGGCUCAACUCUUCUUAAAAUUAGCAUUUCAGAUUCAAAUGACAACAGCCCUCUUUUUGAAGAGCAAUCUUAUGUUAUUCAUCUACAAGAGAAUUCACCUCUGGGAUCUCUACUAAUCGACCUCAAUGCAACUGAUCCAGAUGAGGGCACUAAUGGGAAAGUUGUCUAUUCAUUCAGUAGUCAUGUGUCUCCAAAAAUACUAGAAACUUUUAAAAUCAAUCCAGAAAAUGGCCACCUAACUCUUUCAAAGCCAGUUGACUAUGAAGCUUCUAAUUCAUAUGAGAUUGAUGUUCAAGCUCAAGAUCUGGGACCCAAUUCAAUUCCAGCUCACUGUAAGAUUAUUAUUAAAGUGGUUGAUGUCAAUGAUAAUAAACCAGAGAUUAAUAUUAAUUUAAUGACCCAGGGAAAUGAAGAAGUGGCCUAUAUUUCCGAGGCAGCUCCCAAAGACACGUUUGUGGCUCUUAUUAGAGUUGAAGACAAAGACUCAGGUUUGAAUGGAGAAGUUAUAUGCAAGCUUCAUGGUCAUGGUCAUUUUAAACUUCAAAAGACUCAUGAAAAAAAUUACAUGAUUCUAACUAAUGCUUCCUUAGACAGAGAAAAGAGGUCUGAAUACAGCCUGACAGUUAUAGCAGAAGACAAAGGUAUUCCAAGCCUCUCUACAAUUAAACAUUUUACUGUACAAGUUCAGGAUGAGAAUGACAAUCCACCACAUUUUGAGAAGAACAGAUAUGAAAUUUUUAAGUCUGAAAACAAUUCUCCUGGAGCCUAUCUUACAUCAGUGAUGGCAAGUGAUCCUGAUCUUGGAGAGAAUGGACAGGUUACCUACACAAUUUUGGACACCUUUGUCUUGGGUAGCUCCAUCACUACAUAUGUUACAAUAGAUCCAUCUAAUGGAGCCAUCUAUGCUCUCAGGAGUUUUGAUCAUGAAGAUAUCAGUAGAAUUGUGUUUGUUGUGCAAGCAAGAGAUGGAGGUGGCCACCAGCUCAUUAGCAAUACAACUGUGGUACUCACUAUUUUAGAUGAAAAUGAUAAUCCACCAGUAAUUGUUGUGCCACAGCUCCGUAACCAUACUGCUGAAAUAUCUAUCCCUAAAUAUGCUGAUGUUGGACACUUAGUUACUGCUAUUAGAGCAACAGAUAGAGAUACUGGUGUGAAUUCUGAGUUAACGUGUCUUAUUGUAUCAGGCAAUGAAGACAAUAUCUUCACCAUGGACCCAAAGAAAUGUGAGAUAUAUACCAAUGUUAGCAUGGAAGACAUUCCAUAUGAAGAAAUUGAAAUUACAGUUGUAGUUCAAGAUAAAGGAGCUACAAAGCUCAGUGCCAAAGCAGUUCUGAAGUGUAUUUUAUAUGAAAACACGGACAAUCACUUCCAGCCAGCACCAACAGCCAGCAGCCAGCCUUCACUUGAUGUAUCAAUGAUUAUUAUUAUUUCCUUGGGAGCUAUUUGUGCAGUUCUGCUGGUCAUUAUGGUAAUGUUUGCCACCAGGUGCAAUAGAGAAAAGAAAGACACAAGAUCUUAUAACUGCAGGGUCGCUGAAUCCACUUACCAAAAUCACCCCAAGAAGCCCUCCAGACAGAUUCAUAAAGGAGACAUCACUUUAGUGCCAACUGUGAAUGGCACAUUGCCAAUCAGGUCUCAUCACAGAUCACCUUCAUCGUCACCAACCAUGGAGAGGGGUCAGAUGAGUAGCAGGCAGAGCCAUCACAGUCGACAGUCAUUGAACAGCCUGGUGACCAUAUCUUCCAACCAUAUUCCAGAGAAUUUCUCCCUAGAUCUUGCUCACACCACCCCACCAGUUGAGCAAGUCUCACAGCUUCUGUCCAUGCUUCAUCAGGGCCAGUACCAGCCAAGACCAAGUUUCCGUGGAAAUAAAUAUUCAAGAAGCUACAGAUAUGCUCUUCAGGAUAUGGAUAAGUUCAGUCUAAAGGACAGUGGUCGGGGAGACAGUGAAGCAGGAGACAGUGACUAUGACUUGGGAAGAGAGUCUCCCAUAGACAGACUUCUGGGUGAAGGAUUUAGUGAUCUUUUCCUAACAGAGGGGCAUCACAGACUUCAUCCAGCCAUGAAGCUAUGCACAGAAGAAUGCCGUGUUCUCGGGCACUCGGACCAGUGCUGGAUGCCUCCAUUACCCUCUCCAGCUUCAUCUGACUAUAGGAAUAACAUGUUUAUUCCUGGAGAGGACCCUCAGCAGCCACCACUGGAAGAAGAUCAGCAGUCAAUAGAUUCCAGUGACCGGAAAAAGAGCUUUUCCACCUUUGGCAAAGACUCAAAUAGCUGUGGUGAAGAAGCAGCAGGUGACCUUUGCAGCACUUCUCUCCUCUCUGAAAUGAACACCGUCUUCCAGCGCUUGUUGCCUCCAUCACUGGACUCUUAUGUGGAGUGCAAUGAAGUGGAGAGAACAAACUCUCUAGAACGUAGGAAGGGACAUUUGCCAGGAAAGUCUUUAACAUACCCUCAGGGGGUGGCAGCCUGGGCAGCUAAUACCCAUUUCCAAAACCCAGGAAGUAGUAUCGGGCCAACUCAAGUGAAUCACAUGAGUUCUCAGCCCCCCUUUAAAUGGCUGCCAGCCAUGGAGGAAAUCCCAGAAAACUAUGAAGAGGAUGACUUUGAUAAUGUCCUCAACCAGCUUCAGGUGAAUCGUAGUGACAGUAGGCAUGAAAUAAUGGAUGCCAGUGAGCUGGUUGCUGAAAUAAACAAACUUUUACAAGAUGUUCGGCAGAGCUAAGACAUGGGAAUGGACCCUUUUUAUUUUUUCCAUAUUAAUGGAAAUGAAGAAAGCAAAGAGAAAUUAUCAUUUAGUUGCAUUUAUAAUGUAAAUGUGUCUUUGAACGCUAAUUAUUUGAAUAUGUUGUAUUUUAUUGUUCGGUACACAGUGUACACAAUGUGGGUGUAAUUAUCUUUGUAUUUUAAAAAUACAUUUGUACUCUUUAUAUUUAUAUAUGUAUAUAUAUACAG